AUGGGUACUGAUAGCCUACUACAAUGGGCUAGAUGUCUUGCUGUGGGAAAUUGGGAAGAUCCUUUCACCUUCGACUUCCUUGUCAGCGAAUGCAAGAGUUUGCCCCGAGACUGGGAUGAUCAUUGGCGGUUUCCCCACCCUGUGAUCCCAAACUUUGAUCACCCUGGAUCUACAGCCCGCCAGCACAGAUCGUAUCACGACCACGAAGCUCCCGGGUAA